AUGCUGGUCGGCGUGGACAUCACGCGCCGCUCCAAGGCGAAGGCGGACGGCCGCAUCUUCGGCAUCCACGAGUCGCUGGACGAGCUGGCCCGCCUGGCCGAGACCGCUGGAAUGCGCGUUGUCGGCGUCAUCACCCAGUCGCUGCAGGCCCCCAUGUCCAGCACCUACAUCGGCACAGGCAAGGUCCAGGAGGUCCGCCGAGAGAUGGAGGCCGAGGACUGCUGCACCUGUAUUUUCGACGUCGAGCUCAGCCCGGCACAGCAGCGCACGCUCGAGACCGAGUUUGGAGGCGAGGCGAAAGGCAUCAAGGUUCUUGACCGCACCGCACUCAUUUUGGAUAUCUUCGCCCAGCACGCCGCCACGAAGGAGGGACAGCUCCAGGUCGAAUUGGCCCUUUAUCAGUACAGGCUGCCCAGGCUCACGAGGAUGUGGACCCAUUUGGAGAGGCAGUCGGGGGCGGGCGGCGUCGGCCUCCGCGGCCCGGGAGAGACCCAGCUGGAGGUCGACAGACGCCUCAUCAAUACCAGAAUGAGCAAGCUCAAGCGCGACCUGGAGCUGGUCAGGGGGCAUCGCUCAAGGCAGAGGCUGGCGAGGAAGAUGAACGUCGGCUUGCCGGUCGUCGCAUUGAUCGGAUAUACCAACGCGGGGAAGAGCACCUUGUUGAACGCCCUAACAGGGUCCAACGCCCUGGCGGCGAAUGCCUUGUUUGCGACGCUGGAUCCGACCACGCGCCGUGCCAGUCUGGAAGGCUUGAAGCUUAGCCCGGAGAUAUUGCUCACAGACACCGUGGGCUUUGUGCAAAAUUUGCCCACGCAGCUUGUCGCCGCCUUCAGGGCCACGCUGGAGGAGGUGGUUGACGCGGAUGUCCUUGUGCAUGUCGUCGACGCUAGCCUGGAUAGGGAGGUCAUGCAGUGGCAAAUGACCGCCGUCGACCAGGUGCUGGAUCAGAUCGGAGCGAGUGGGAAGCCUACCGUUAUUGUGUUGAACAAGGCCGACCUUGUCAGUGAGGAGGAAGCUGGGGAGCUCUUCAGGGAGAUCGAGGAGCGGUGCGGGCUGAAUUGCGUGGCUGUUAGUGCUGCGACUGGAAAAGGUUUGGAGGAAGUUGGCGUGCUUGUCGAUGAGGUUUUGCGCGAGAUUUCGCUCAGCGUGGAGGCCGUUAUUCCGUACUCCAGAGGCGAUCUGACGUCUGCAGUAUAUUCCCAGGGAAGCAUUGAUGCAGAAGACUUCGUGGAAGAGGGGACACAUAUUAUGGCGCGCGUACCGCCUAGUCUCUGCAAUAAGUUGCGCCCGUAUUUCGUGACAAGCACCAUAGCGGAUGGGAACAAAGUGGAAGGACUUGAUACUGGAGACCAGAUAAUUGAAGCUGUUGGUGCUACGGACGAGGAACGGUGGUCGGACUUGGCCAAGAAGCGGCAUCAACCACGGGCCGAAAGUCAAGAGUAAGUGCUCCAGAUAUAGGGGUUGGUCGAUGUGCUUAGACCUUGUAUAAUUCCGUGGAGGGCUAUCGUAUUGGGGGAUUGUAACUGUUAAGGACCGUACAUAUAUCUUUACUGUAAAAACCGUUCUGAACUGGAUGGUCAGCACGCAGGAUGAUAAGGGGGUAGAGAUAAAUGCGGUGUGA